AAAAAAUUUGUCUAAUCAUUGUAAUCUAUUUUGUUUAUUUUGUUUUGUUUAUAUUCAAAAGAUGGAUAGUCAAGUGACUGGUGAUGGUAGAUUAUUAGCAAUAAUUGAUGAAGCUUGGAGAAAAGAACGUUUACCAAUUGAUGACAUUGUUGUUCCAUCAUCAGAAUUACCAGAUCCAGAAAGUGAUAAUGGUGAUUCUCAUAUGACACUUAAAGAACUUGAACAAAAAUGGAAUAAUUUGGCACUUGGUACAUUAAGUGAAAAUCAUUUACAUUCACCAACUCCAUCACACAAUUAAUUAUUUAAAUCAUUAGUUUUUUUUUUUAUAUUAUCUAAUAUCAAUAUGGAAUUUUCAAAUAUUGGAGCUGAGUGUAGCUUUGAUACAUGUAAAUUAAAUGAUUUUCUUCCUUUUACUUGUCAACAUUGUAGUUUAAUAUUUUGUAAAAAUCAUUUUAAUAUUAUUUCUCAUAAUUGUCAAUUAAGUAUUGAUAAUAUUGUUACUAAUAGUGGAAAAACUUUUAAAAAUUAUAUUUGUACAAAUGAUGAUUGUAAAAAUUCAUCAACUGUUGAAAUGAACUGUUCAAAGUGUCAAAAACAUUAUUGUCUUGGUCAUCGUUAUCAUGGAUGCUUUGAAGAAAGUCCAGAUGACAUUGCCAAGAAAAUAAAAUUAUGGGAAAAACCAAAAGAAGAAUUUAAUGCUGUUAAAACUGUCGUUGAUACUAAGAUAAAUGAAAAUUUAAAAAAAUCUAAAAAUUCAGAUAUGGCUUACAAGGUUCAAUUGAUGAGAUUAAAAGGUCGAGCUAUUGGCACUAAAUCAAUUCCAACAGAUAAUCGAAGAUAUUUUUUUAUUCAUCUACCACUUAUGUUAAAAAAAAAAGAACCACAAGCAAUUUUUGUAUCAGUUGAUUGGACAAUUGGCAAAUCAAUUGAUUCAAUAUCUGAUUUAUUAAAAAUUAAAAAUUCAAAUAAUUUAUCUAACUCGGAAAAACUAAGAAUGUUUCAUUAUAUUAGUGGUGAAAUUGUUGAUACAAAAAUGGAUACUAUUUUAACAGAAUUAUUUGACAAAAAACAAUUAAUUAAUGGACAAAAUUUAAUAUUUGAAUAUUCUAAUAAUGAUAAAAUCGAUGCUUCUUUGUAUUAAUAAAUAUAUAUAGAUAAAUAAAAAUUUUGUUUCAAGACAC